AUGACGAUCGUGUCGCGGCUCCUCCUAUCUUGGCCCCGGAUUCCCCGCCGAUCCUGGGGUCUGCCCCCCCCGAGCCGACUGCACAGUACCACCGCAGCAGCAACAUCGUCUGCCACAAAUCUCCCACCCGCCCGGUCUGACAGGCUCUCUGCCCUCAAGUCUUCAAAGCCCUUCUCGGACUUCCUCACCGAUACCUUUAACCGACAGCACGAUUACCUUCGCAUCAGCCUCACCGAGCGGUGCAACCUGCGAUGUAUAUAUUGCAUGCCUGAGGAAGGCGUGGAGCUCUCACCGUCGGAGCAACUCCUGACGUCCCCAGAAAUUAUUUACCUGUCGUCUCUGUUCGUGUCGCAGGGUGUGACGAAGAUCCGGCUGACGGGCGGGGAGCCCACCGUACGGAAAGACAUUGUGCCGCUGAUGCAGGAGAUAGGCCGGUUGCGGCAGAAUGGGCUCCAGGAACUAUGCUUGACGACCAACGGCAUCUCGUUACAUCGCAAACUGGACCCUAUGGUCGAGGCCGGGUUGACCGGGGUCAAUCUGAGUCUCGACACAUUGGAUCCGUUCCAGUUCCAGAUCAUGACCCGUCGCAAGGGAUUUGAGACCGUGAUGAAAAGCAUCGACCGCAUUUUGGAAAUGAACAAGGUCGGGGCGGGAAUCAAGCUGAAAGUCAACUGUGUUAUCAUGCGGGGCCUGAACGAUCGAGAGAUCCUGCCUUUUGUUGAACUCGGCCGCGAGAAAAAUAUCGAGGUCCGCUUCAUUGAGUACAUGCCCUUUGGUGGGAACAAAUGGAACAAGGGCAAGAUGUUUUCAUACCAGGAGAUGCUGGCCGUGAUCCAGGAGAAAUACCCGUCUCUUGAGAAAGUGGCCGAUCACAAGAACGACACGAGCAAGACAUACCAGGUCCCCGGCUUUCAAGGCCGGGUUGGGUUUAUCACGAGCAUGACGCACAAUUUCUGUGGCUCGUGCAAUCGACUGCGGAUCACCAGCGACGGCAAUUUGAAAGUGUGUCUUUUUGGCAACGCCGAAGUCUCGCUCCGAGAUAUCAUUCGCCAGGAGAAUCACGGGCAGCCUAUCGACGAGGAUGCGAUGCAGAAAUUGCAGCUGCUUGAGACGGUGCAAACGGCCGCUAGAAUCAGCGAUGAGGGCGGGGUAGUUAAUGAGCGAGAACGAGAGAUUCUAGACAUCAUCGGGAAGGCCGUGAAGCGCAAGAAGGCGAAACAUGCCGGCAUGGGACAGCUGGAGAAUAUGAAGAACCGGCCGAUGAUUCUGAUUGAUUUCGUAUAUUCAUUGAAAUCCGUCGAGGAAAUCACGCUAAUAGUGGCCCUAGAUAAUACAUCAGGCAUGACCCCGAGACCGAUGACCCGAGGCCCGUCCUGGCUGCGCAUACCUUCACACAUUCUUCCCCGGUCACUGGGGACCUUGCACGCUCGCCUCUAUCAUAGCGGACGUUCGUCUCCAGCACCUGAGUUCUCACUGGUCUCUGAUAAAGUCAUCAAUCGCAAGACUCUCUCACUCCCUACGGCGUCCGACCCAGACCUUCCGCAUUUGACGCCAUCCCAAACCGUACACAUGACGCAGAUAACAGAGAAGCCAGAAACAAAGCGACUAGCCACUUCCGCGUGCCAUAUCCUUUUCUCCAAUUCCCGGCCUUGGGAACUUCUCCGGAAAGGCCAGGGCACGCAUAAGGGUGAUGUGUUCAGCGUUGCACGGAUCGCAGGUAUCAUGGCCGCUAAACGAACUCCGGACCUCAUUCCCCUCUGCCAUCCCAGCAUCGGCAUUACAGGGAUUGAAGUCUCUGUUGAGCUUGUGGGGCCGGAACAAUCAGCCGAUGAUCAUGGCAUGAUGCAGAUUGUCGCGACAGUCAGCUGUCUCGGUCGAACUGGAGUCGAGAUGGAGGCUAUGACGGCGACCAUGGGUGCUGCAUUGACAGUCUACGAUAUGCUUAAGGCUGUAGAUAAAGGUAUGGUGAUCAGCGGGGUACGCUUGCUAGAGAAGCAAGGCGGCAAGAGUGGACACUGGGUGCGACAAGAAGAGUCACAGAAGUAA